CCGGACGUUGCAUUACGACAGUCUCCCUCUUUUACGGCACAAGGCUUCACGGCAACCGAGGCUGCUGGCAGGGCGUUUGUUUCUCUUGUUGCUCCGCGACGGUCACUUGCUCGCCGGUUUGACUCCGCAGGGUUGAGGCACUCGAGAGCGGGGUCUAGAGGAAAGACUACUUUACCUUUGCUGAAGUCUACACAUCAUGGACACAGAACAGCCUAUGGAGGCCCAGCCACAGGUUCCUGAAAACCCUCAUGCAGAAUAUGGUCUAACAGAGAAUGUAGAGCGAAUAGUGGAAAAUGAGAAGGCAAAUGCAGAGAAAACAUCAAAGCAGAAAGUGGAUCUUCAGGCAUUGCCUACACGUGCCUACCUGGAUCAAACAGUAGUGCCUAUCCUACUACAAGGACUUGCGGUGCUUGCAAAGGACAGACCACCAAAUCCUAUUGAAUAUCUGGCAGCAUUUCUGUUAAAAAAUAAGGCACAGUUUGAGGACCGAAAUUGAUUUCAUCCAAAGAAGACCAUUUGCUUGUUCAGCAUAUAUGCUAAAUAAACAUGAAUCAUUGAUCGGUGUAUAAAUCCUACAGAACCAAAAUCCUCAUUUGCUUGUCAUUCCUUGAGCCUUUUCUUGUAUUAUUUAAUAAAGUAUUACGUUUUAUAA